AUGCAUGUGCUCUAUUGGAAUAUCAAUGGGGUGGCAAAGGUGGAGGCUGGGCAGAAGUUACGUGAACUUGUUCAUGAUCUGAAGCCGGAGAUUCUUUGUGUUGCUGAGCCAAAGAUUAAGUUCUCUGACAAGGUAAUUUGUAAGUUAAAUUUAACUGGUUUUAUGAGGAAGGUUGUUCAUUAUUCUUCUAUGCAUAAUAUUGGGAAUCUUUGGAUCCUGUGGAGUGCUAAUAUUGAAGAGCCAGAGGUGGUUAAUAUGACUAGGCAAGCAAUUACUGUUAGAACUGAGGGGGUUUUAAUCUCUUUUGUUCAUGCUAGUUAUAUUCAAGUUUUUCGAAGAAGAUUAUGGUCUCAACUUUCAGCUGUGGAUACUACAACUCCUUGGCUGAUAAUGGGAGAUUUCAACUGUGUUCUUCGUCAAGAUGAAAAGAAGGGAGGCCGUGAGUUUACUUUGACUAAUGGUCAAUCUGGUGUUGGUAGAAUUCUUAGUAAAUUGGAUCGUGCUAUUAUCAAUGAGCCUUGGGAAGUUUCUGAUCAUUCGACGCUUAUUGGGUUUCCUUUCCUUGCUCCGAGGCCUAGGCGUGCUCCUUUUCGUAUCCAAAAAAUGUGGUUUUCUCAUCCUGAUUUCUUGAGAAUGGUGGAAGAUUCUUGGAAGUCUCCGGUUUAUGGUAAUUUGGAUUUUAUUUUUCCUUAUAAAUUGAGAGGGUUGAAGGAGGCAAUCAAAUUGUGGAAUCAAACGGUCUUUGGAAAUGUGAAUGCUAGGCUGAAACAAGCUCAACUUAAGUUUGAAGUGGCUUGUAGGAAUUCUGAUGAGGAUCCUUUUAAUACUUCUAAAUUGAACAUUAUGAAGGAUUCUCUGGUGGCGGUUCAAGAUGUUCGUAUGCAACAUCUUACUAUGUUGAAACAAAAGGCUCGUAAUAGGUGGAUUUUGGAGGGUUCUAGUAACACUUCUUUUUUUCACAGCAAUAUAAACAUUCGAAGGAGCGCAAAUACAAUCUCGGAGUUGGUUACUGAAGAUGGUGUGACUAUCUCAGAGCCUAUUCAGCUUCGUGACCAUGUGGUUUCUUAUUAUGAGUCGAAGUUCAAUGGUGUGGAGCUUCCUAUUGAGGAUAAUCUCUUUGAUUACGAGCAUGAGUCCAUUUCUAUGACUGAUAAGCAGAUGUUAGAUGUCAUUCCUUCUUUGGAUGAAAUUAAAUCAGCAGUUUUUGAUUUAGGUGCGGAUAGUGCUCCGGGUCCAGAUGGUUUCUCAAGGUGUUUUUAUAGACACUGUUGGGAUAUAAUUCAGCAGGAUCUUCAUUCGGCUAUUGUUUAUGCUUGGACUUCUAAGUCAAUUCCGAAGGGUUCGAAUUCUAGCCUAAUUAUUUUGAUUGCUAAGAUUAGAGGUGCGGAUAGCUUGAGGAAAUAUAGACCUAUCGGUCUAAGCAAUUUCUUCUUCAAGAUUUUCACUAAAAUUCUGGCUACUAGACUUGGUCGGGUGUUGGAUAAGUUAGUGUCAGAGGAGCAGGGAAAUAUGAAGAGCUUGAGAAGUUUGGUGAAGUUGCUUGAUUCUUAUCAGCAAGCUUCAGGUCAGCGUGUUUGUAGAGAGAAGAGCAAAAUUUACUUUGGUGGUGGCUCUUUGAGUAGACGUCAAACCAUUGCUUCUUUUCUAGGGAUGGAAGUUACGCAUUUUCCUGAUCGUUAUUUGGGGGUGAAAGUUAUGCCUGGUGCGGUGAGAUAUCAUCAUAUUAGCAAUGUGGUGGAUAAGCUUAAAGAGCAACUUUCGGUUCUGAAAGUGGCCGGUGAAAUUCAUUCAGCAAAUCCUGUGGAGGAGGGUGGUCUUGGAAUCACUAGUUUAAAAACUAUGAACAAGGCUUUGCUUAUGAAGCUUUGGUGGUCUAUUAAAUCUUCUUCUAAGAGGUGGGCUCGUUUUUUGGAGUCUAAAUUCACUUGCAGGGAUGGGCGUCUCAAGAUGGCUGGUGUAAAAUCUUCUAUUCUUCCUGGAAUUCGUUGGGUUCAUAAGGAAGUUGUGAAUAAUACAAAAUGCAUCAUUGGAGAUGGGAGGAAUACGUCUCUUUUCUGA